AUGCAGACGACGGACGAAUCGGCCGUCAAGUCAACCACACGGGAUGCUUUCGACGUCAACGACUCGGAUGCCCUCGGAAACUCACCAUUGCUUUAUACCGUGUUCGAUGGAGAUGUGGCACUUACAUCAAUGCUCCUUGAUCAGAUUACGAAGUUGGAGUGCAACAGUAGAUUCUAUGAAUCUUUCUUUUCUUCGCACGUUAUCGGUCUAAACGCUGUAGACGAUGCUGUCUUUUCUAUUUUUUAUAUUGUCCCUUUGAAUUGGUUUAAUUAA